AUGGCUAUGAUGGUUGAUGAAACCAUCUCAGAUUUUGAUUGUUAUGCUAGUUUAAGCACACCCACUACAACUAUCACUACAACAACAACCUCUUCUUCUUCCGAAGAUGAUCAUGGUUGUACAUGGAAUGACUGGUCGCCGGUUUUCGAUUGGGAUGCGUUUUCCGGUGGCGAUAAUUUCCAAGAUCUAAUUGAAUCUAUGAUCCAGGGAUCGGGUAAUUGCUUUCACAACUCCGAAGAGGAUUCUGCUGAGAUUAUGGAGGAAGAAGAAGAAGAAUCAGGAGACUCUAAUAACAACCAAUCGGAAGAUAUUAACGGGUUGAAGCUUGUUCACCUCCUCAUGGCGGCAGCGGAGGCGUUAACCGGCGUGAAUAAAAGCCGUGAGUUGGCUCGAGUGAUAUUGGUUCGGCUCAAGGAAUUGGCGUCCCCAAACGGCGCUACCAAUAUGGAGAGAUUGGCCGCGCAUUUCACUGACGCCUUGCAGGCGUUGCUCGAAGGCGCUGCUUCCGGUACGUUACACGCUAAGCACAUGUUUUCCCCAAAUUACAAAGACGAACACCAUCAGGGAGAUGUUCUAGCAGCUUUUCAGCUAUUGCAGGAUAUGUCUCCUUUUGUCAAAUUUGGGCAUUUUACAGCAAAUCAAGCUAUAUUAGAAUCGGUAACCCAUGAUCGAAGAGUUCAUAUUGUGGAUUACGAUAUAAUGGAAGGAAUUCAAUGGGCAUCGUUAAUGCAAGCUUUGGUGUCCAGAAAAGAUGGCCCCCCAACUCCGCACCUUCGGAUCACAGCAUUGUCAAGGAGCGGCAGCGGCCGUCGGUCAUUCGGGACGGUCCAAGAGACCGGCCGUCGGUUAACGGCUUUCGCUGCAUCUAUCGGUCAGCCAUUUUCAUUUCAUCACUGCAGAUUGGACUCAGACGAAAUAUUUAAGCCAACAAAUCUCAAGUUAGUUAGAGGCGAAGCUUUAAUUAUUAAUUGCAUGCUUCACUUGCCUCAUUUUAGAUAUCGGGCCUCGGAUUCAGUUGCUUCGUUCCUAUCUGGAUCUAAGACACUGAAUCCGAGACUCGUGACCCUAGUCGAAGAGGAACUAAGGCCAAUAGGAGACGAAGAAGGGUUCGUGGGGCGGUUCAUGGAUACUUUACACCACUACUCAGCACUCUAUGAUUCGCUUGAGGCAGGAUUCCCUUUGCAAAGCCGAGCUCGGGCAUUGGUGGAGCGGGUAUUCCUCGGGCCUCGAAUAACUGGGUCAUUGGCCCGAAUCUACCGGGCCCGAGGAGAGGAAGAAAGGUGCUCAUGGGGGGAGUGGUUGAGUGGGGUGGGGUUCUGUGAGAGUAAUAUAAGCUUUGCAAAUCAUUGUCAAGCAAAAUUGUUGUUGGGGCUAUUCAAUGAUGGGUAUAGGGUGGAGGAAAUUGGGACCAAUAAAUUGGUUUUAGGAUGGAAGUCCCGGCGCCUACUUUCUGCUUCUAUUUGGACCACAAUGGAUAUUGACUUGUAAUAACAAAAUGUAUAUAAUUCUUGUAAGUGUGAUCCCCCC